UCACUCUUUCUGAAUCAUGCGUCUGUCCUGGAUUCUGCUCUUGACCACAGUGUGUGUGGUGUGUGGCGAGUCUCCACCUCGCGCUCUGUGGCAGUUUGGCAAAAUGAUCACCUGUGCGCAGCCGAACGUGAAUCCUUUCAUUUACAACGAGUACGGCUGUUACUGCGGGUUUUCUGGAUCUGGCUCGCCCAAAGACCAACUCGAUCAAUGCUGUCUGGUGCAUGAUAAGUGUUAUGAGAACUCUAGGAAACUUCCAGAAUGUCCCGGUUUAGUCGACCUGCCGUAUGUCAAAGUGUACAACUUCAACUGCUCUGACAAAACCAUCACCUGCUCAGCCUCCAAUGAUAAAUGCCAGGCUGCAGUGUGUGAGUGUGACCGAGUCGCUGCAAACUGCUUCGCCCAGCAUCAUCACACUUACAACCCCGACUACAAAAACCUUCCGAGCGAAGUGUGCAAGAACUGAGAGGCACUGAACCUGGAGACUAAACACCACACCGACUCCAUCAACUAAACACCACACCGACUCCACCAACUAAACACCACACUGACUCCACCAACUAAACACCACACUGACUCCACCAACUAAACACCACACCGACUCCAUCAACUAAACACCACACUGACUCCACCAACUAAACACCACACUGACUCCACCAACUAAACACCACACCGACUCCAUCAACUAAACACCACACUGACUCCACCAACUAAACACCACACUGACUCCAUCAACUAAACACCACACCGACUCCACCAACUAAACACCACACUGACUCCAUCAACUAAACACCACACCGACUCCAUCAACUAAACACCACACCGACUCCACCAACUAAACACCACACUGACUCCAUCAACUAAACACCACACCGACUCCAUCAACUAAACACCACACCGACUCCACCAACUAAACACCACACCGACUCCAUCAACUAAACACCACACUGACUCCACCAACUAAACACCACACCGACUCCAUCAGCUAAACACCAAGUGCACAUAAUGAAUAAAGAAUAAAGCAAACUCUGA